ACGUCAGUGUCAAAAUAGCAUUAACUUUGGAGGACGUCGCCGCGGCCGCCAAAGCCAGUUUUAUAAAUAAACGUGUGCAUUUAUUCUCGGUGUAAGAGCACAUAAAUAAACAGUAAGGGAAUAUGCUAUCACACAAAUAGUUUAUGUUUUAAACUGUUCAUUUAAAACACGCAAGAUAUUGAAUAUUAAAGUGUAUUUGCCAGGAAUUCGGUCAGAGAAAGUGAGCACGUAGCUAAUAUUUAAUCAAAGAUGAAUAACAUAAAAUUCCUUCGAUUUAUGAGUAGAACACGGACGCUAUGUGGCGGCUACAACAAACAUCCGGGAUUUCUUCAACAGUCUUUGAAGAGACAUAUGCAGACAAGUGUGUCAAUAUCUCAAAUAAUGAAGGAAAAAGAGAUUUUUCACGAUGCACUGCCAGGUAUCAUAGACAACCUGCAGGCUAGUUCUAAGAUAUCACAACUCCCUGAAGUUGGCAACUGGGUCAGGAAGGUGCUUGAACACAAUUUGACUGGUGGCAAACAUUCAAGAGGUAUAAUCACAAUGCUAUCAUAUGAGAUGCUGGAAACUCCUGAAAAAGUUACCGAUGAGAAACUCAAGUUGGCCAGGGUGCUUGGAUGGUGUGUAGAAAUGCUACAAGCCUACUUCAUAGUAGUAGACGAUAUAAUGGACAGGUCAACAACACGUCGAGGCAUGCCAUGCUGGUACCGGAUGCCGAACGUUGGUCUAGGCGCCUUAAACGACUCCAUACUCAUACAUUGUGCGAUUAUGGAAACGCUAGAGACGUACUUUGGUAACACGGAACAUUAUGUAGAUGUUGUUCGACUUUUUAAUGAGGCACUACUCUACACCUCAAUGGGGCAACACUUGGACUUCACGACGGCCCACCACAAAAAAGACUACAGUCUAUUCACAAUAGACCGUUACGAGUCUAUUGUGAAGUACAAGACUAGUUGCUAUACCUUCAGGUUGCCUGUCCUAUUGGGCCUGGUACAGGUUCAGGAUGUCGAUAAGAGAAUGUAUGCGGAUGUUGAUGAUAUCUGCUUCAAGUUGGGCAGACUGUUUCAAAUGCAGGACGACUACAUAGACUGUUACGGCGACGAAUCAGUCACCGGCAAAGCAGGUACCGACAUCCAAGAAGGUAAGUGCUCCUGGUUAGCUGUCACCGCUUUAAAGCGCUGCAACGAUGCACAGAGAGAACUCUUCACAAACCACUAUGGCAGCGAUAAACCAGAACACGUCGACAUUAUCAAGCGGCUUUACGGUGAUUUGGGGCUACCAGAGAUUUACCUACAAGAAGAGACUGAACUCCAUAAUGAUAUUACUUCGAAAGUAAGAGCGUUGCCGUCUGAAACCGCUCCUACGUUCUUCUUUAAGCUAAUAGACAGGAUUUAUAAGAGGAAACAUUAAUUGUUAGUCGAUUAAUCGAGCGCCGAGCAAGCUUAUUCGAUUUCGAAUGCAAUAUUCGAAUCGAUUAUUUUUCUAUUCGAUGGUCGAUAAAGUUUGCUCGGCUCUAAAUGGAUAUUUGUCGAGAGAUUUUCAUAAUAUAUUUUUACUGUUUAAUCGUCGGUGAAGUAAUACCAAUAUUGUUUAUUUAUUUUCGGGUUAAUGUCAUGACAAUAAUAUUUUUUAACGAUUAUGCUCGAUUAUUUUAAUCGAAUAUAAGUUGUGAAUGGGCAUUCUUAAUUUUUCAUUUUAUUACUAGGUAUUUAAAGAGUCACAAAAUAAAUUAAGUUAUGUGCAUAUAGAAAUGUUAUCUUAGUUAUAUAUUUGUGCAUGCUCGUCAAAUUUAUGAAAUACCAGUGACUAGAAUAUCCUUCCGUCCGAUAUUCCAAUGUCGGGCAACCAAUCACUCAUAAUAUUGACUCCAGUAUUAAGAGAUUAGAGAGUAUUGAAGAAUAUAUUGCUAAAUGAGCCUAAUAUUUUUAACUAAAGUCUGUCAACAACGGACUCUGCCGGCAAAAAAGUAAUCCAUGAAAAUACCACGUGUUCCUUUUAGGCCGAAGUUCACCGACAACACAAACAUACAUAUAUGAUACAUAUAUUUUUUUUUGCGUUCCAUUUUCAAAAUAAACGGACGUUUAUAUUGUCGAUGAAAAUCGGUUUAGUUUGUUUGUUAUAAUUAACAGUUGAGAGGAUGUUAAUUUGAGUGUAAUGUAAUAACUGAAAUGAUAAAUAAGGAACGUUGCCGUUUCUUGUUCAUAUGUAUCAAUGUAUGAAUGAGAUGACAUUUAUUAAAGACAGCAUUUCAGCCUGAGAUUUCAGUACUCUUGUUAGAUUUAUGUGCCAAAUACAAUAUACAUAGAAAAUAAAGAGUGCAUUUGGAAACUCAGUCCACCUUAUUAUAAAACGUGGUUUUAAAAAAGUACCAGCUUUUGUACUACCUCUAAACCACCGUCUCGAACAAAAUAAGUGGACUAAACCUAUUCCUAAAGCGAGUACUUCUUAAAACCACGUUUUAUGAUAUGGAGGAGUAUGUUUAGAUUUGAAUUAGAUUUUUACUGGAAAAAGAUAAGUUUUUCUAUAUACGUACAUAAAUUGAGAACGUGAGAAACUACUGUUCUUUAAAGAGUUUGUAUCCGAUUCUAAAUCUUGAAUCAUCAUCCUCCGAGCCUUUUUCCCUACUAUGUUGGGGUUGGCUUGAAUGAAAAUAAAAUUCAUAAUAUUAAUCGAGCUCGUUACCUAUGGUGCUUUUAUCAUACAUGUAAUGUUGUAAUAAAAUAAAAGGAAGUCUGUAUAGAGAACCAUAAAGUCUUAGAUAGGAGAUGUUAUUUUUUAUUAAGGGUUAACGUAUAAAGCUAUUAGUGUAUACUAAUAUUAUAAAGAGGAAAACUUUGUUUGUUUGGUUGUAAUGAAUAGGCUCAAAAACUACUGGACCGUUUUUUAAAAUUCUGUCGCCAUUCGAAAGCUACAUUAUCCACGAGUGACAUAGGCUAUAUCCCGGUACGUGCAGUAGUUACCACGGGACGCGGGUGAAACCGCGAGAAAACGGCUAGUAUUUAUAAAAUUGGGCAUUUUUUAUUUAUCUUCAGAAUUAGCUAUGAAUAAAUGUGGUAUGCUGAAUAUGCAAGGUAGCAAGGUAGCAAGCUACUCCAAACUGUAAAAUUCUCCCAUUCAAUAUUGAAUCGUAUACUUUUAAGAUAAAAUCUAUCGAAAAUAUGACAGACCUUAGUAGCUCGAUGUGCUUGCAUCUGCGUUACUUUUGCAAUGUAAAUAUUUUAAAUCUCGAAUAAAGACUUGACGCCUUUAUAAUCUGUGUUGAAUGAUUGAAGAAUUAUAUUUAUUGUGUUAAAAUCUUUGUUUGUGACUUUGUGUAAACGGGUUUAAGGGCAUGUUAUUGUUUGGCAUAUAUAUAAUAAUUUAUGUUGUGCGGUAAUUAUUGUAAUUUUAACUUCAUCGCUCAUAUUUUCAGUAAGCUUUAUAUUUAUGACUUUGGUGUCAAAGUACAGAAGACUUAUAUCAGUAGGUAUGCAAUUAAAAUUAUAUGCAGGCACUGUACUCUUUAUAUACAGUAUGUACAGUCGCCCAAAAAGAUGUACUACCCUUUGUGUGAGAUUUAUUUAAACAUUAUAAAACAACAAGGCCGAAUUCUCCUUUAGCUCCAUUUAAAAAGUAAACUGUUGCCACUAUGGAUCGUACAGUAUUUUUUUUGUUAUAACUGGUAGACCACUUUCUUGACUGACUUUAUUUUCAAGGCCAAACAUUAUUCCGUCUUAUGAUUAGCAAAACAUAUUUAUAUUUUCUACGGAAAGUAAAAAAUAUGUGUGCAAUAUUUUUGUUAAUUUCAAAGACGGACGGACAUUUUCCUUUGGUGAUUGUAGUGAAUUAUAUUUUAAUAAUUUAUCGGUUAAUAUCAGCGAUUGCUUUAUGUCUCUUAAAGUCGUUGUGAUUUGAAAUAUUAAUUAAAGGGUUCAUUGACCUUUGUAACUAUGAGCGGUGAAGGAUCUUUGUUCUUCUGAAAUAUAUAAGUACACUUAUUUGCAUACAAGGUUAAGUAAGUACAUGGGAGUUUUAUAAAUAAAUGAUUUAUUAUUGAAA